CAUCAGUUUUGAAAAUGGAUUUUGAGAGAGUGAGUCCAUUACAACACAACAAUUCAAGGACCCAACAGUGAAACUUGCUUCCUUCUCCGGCGAAAAAUCGGGUGGUGACAAAGAGAUGGAGAUUCUCUGAAUUGGUCUUAUACAUGGAGGAGAGCCAUGGCAUUUGCAAGCUUUAAUGGCUCUCUUUGAAAGAGAUGAGGAGGUGUUCUCUUUUUGUUUUUUCGUACCAUUGUCAGCUCUUAUCUUAUCAUCGAUACUUGGGUUCUGUGAUAAAACACACCUCAUUCUUUUGCUCUUCAACUAAUUGCGCGGUUGAAAAGCUUUCUUUCCUUCCUUUAACUGUUGCGAGACCCUUUCCAGAUUAUUCUCCUAAAAAAGCCUCCAUUAGAGACUCUGAAUUCGUGCAUCACGUAGCAACUUCUAUUAAGCAGCGUUACUCUGAGCACAUUCGCCGUGUUUUAAAGCCCUUUGAAUCAAAAAUCAGACCUGACCACAUCAUUUGGGCUCUCAUGACUGUGAAGAAUGAUUACAAACUAGUUCUGGAUUUCUUUGACUGGUGGUGUCAACGGAGGGACCCAUCAAUUGAAGUCCGUUGUAUUGUCGUGCAUAUUUCCGCUGCUCAAAAAGAUGCUAGGACAGCACAUAGUCUUAUUCAUGAUUUUUGGACAAGACCCAGUGUAGAUGUGACAGUUUCCUUCUCACCGUUUCUUGAAAAAUUAAUAUACACUUAUAAGGAUUGGGGUUCUAAUCCAUAUGUUUUUGAUAUUUUCUUCCAAGUGCUUGUUGAGUUGGGAAUUCUAGAUUAUGCAAGAAAACUUUUUGAUAAGAUGUUGCACUAUGGCUUGGUUUUAUCUGUCUCUUCAUGUAACUUAUUUCUUUCUCGUCUCUCGCAUGAUAUUGAGGGGCACAAAAUGAUGCUUAAGGUAUUUAAUGAAUUUUCGGAAGUGGGUGUUGGCUGGGAUAAUGAAUCUCAUAAUAUAAUGAUCCAUUCUCUUUGUCGGAUAGGAAAAGUUAAAGAAGCUCAUAACUUACUCCUGCAAAUGGAGCUGAGGGGCUGUAUGCCUGAUAUUGUAAGUUACAGCACUGUGAUUAAUGGAUACUGUGCUACUGGACAGCUUGAACAAGUCUUGAUGAUCAUCAAAGAAAUGCAAAUAAAAGGAUUGAAGCCAAAUGCUUUUACUUUUAACAGUAUAAUUCUUCUUUUGUCUAAGACUGGCAAAGUGCUUGACGCCGAGAAAAUCCUGAGGGAGAUGACUUCCCAGGGAGUCGCUCCAGAUAAUGUUGUUUACACAACUCUUAUAGAUGGCUUCUGCAAAACUGGGAACAUAAGUGCUGCAUACAGACUGUUCAAUGAGAUGCAGUGUUUUAACAUUACUCCUGAUUUGGUUACAUAUACUGCCCUUAUUUCUGGUGUGUGUCAAACUGGAAAAAUUGGUGAAGCAAAUACGCUCUUAAAUGAUAUGCUUGGCCGGGGAUUAGAACCUGAUGAAUUCAUUUAUACUGCGCUUAUUGAUGGUUAUUGCAAGGUAGGGGAGAUACGUGCAGCCUUUUCUCUUCACAACAAAAUGGUUCAGAUGCAGUUGAUGCCAAAUAUUGUGACUUACACUGCACUGGUAGAUGGGCUUUGUAAACUAGGGGAACUUGAUACAGCACACGAACUUCUCCAUGAGAUGUCUGGAAAGGGUCUUGAACUGAAUAUCUACACAUACAACUCACUUGUUAAUGGUCUUUGUAAAGCUGGAGAUGUAGAAAAAGCAGUUAAGUUAAUGAAAGAUAUGGAAGCUGCAGGGAUCCAUCCUGAUACUUUUACUUAUACUACUCUAAUGGAUGCAUAUUGCAAAUCUGGAGAGAUGGACAAGGCUCAUGGACUACUACGUCAGAUGUUGCUCAGAGGACUUCAUCCAACAAUAGUUACAUUCAAUGUUCUGAUGAAUGGUUUUUGUUUGUCAGGGAUGCUAGAAGAAGGUGAUAAACUGUUGAAGUGGAUGUUGGAGAAGGGCAUAAUACCAAAUGCUACCACCUACAAUUCUCUUCUGAAGCAGUACUGCGUUCGAAAUAAUAUGUGUAUGACGUCAGAAAUUUAUAAGGGGAUGCUGGGCCAAGGAGUUGUACCAGAUGCCAAUACCUUUAACAUAUUGAUACGAGGACAUUGCAAAGCUAGAAAUAUGAAAGAGGCUUGGUUUUUGCACAAGGAAAUGAUCAAGAAGGGAUUUACUCCCACAGUAGAUACUUAUCAUGCACUCAUCAAAGGUUUUUUAAAGAGGAAAAAGUAUUCUGAGGCCAAAGAAAUGUUUGAAGAAAUGAGAAGGAAUGGUCUGUUGGCAGAUAAAGAACUUUACUCCAUCUUUGCAGAUAUGAACUAUGAACAAGGGAACUUUGAUUUGGCGCUUGAGCUUUGUGAUGAAGCAUUAGAAAAGUGUGUUGCAGACAAGACUGAUAACAGGAAUUCAUGAUAGUUCUCUGUGAUAUAAUUUUUCUGAUAAAAGAGUUUCAGCUGUAUUUGUGCUGCUACAGAAGGCAGGAACAUGACAUGCUCAAGAACAGAGUCCUUGGACGGCCAGAGGGAUCUUGCUUAUAGCUGCUUCAAAUGUUUUGUUUAUUGUCAGAAUUGUGUCAAUUCGGAGGAAGAAAACAUAGCGGCUGCAGGUUUUGAAAAUUUCCUGGAGUUUUCUGUUAUUAUUAGACCAUGCUACAUUAAAUCUCGUACGUUUGAUCUCCUUUGCUAGUAGAUUCACCGGUGUCAAAGCUUCAUGAUAAGCUAAGCACUCUCUGACUUUUUCACUUGAGGAACCUGAGAGCCUGAGAGAAAUGUGGCUUAAACUAGCCAUAAUAAACCAGGAAGGUGAAAGGAGGACUGACGAUCAGCUUUAAGAAAUUCCAGCCUGGAUAGGAAAAGAAGCAUGAAAGCUAGGUGAUGUGGGCCUGGAGUUCUACUGCAAUGAAGUAAACUACAGCAUACCAUCAAAGAUUGCCGUCCAUCUGUGUAUUGAAUAAGUAUCCCAGUAGAUUGUGUUUUCUAAGCUUGGAAUAGGUGUAAAAAAAGCACCGGAAGACUAGGAUAAGAUUCUGGAGAGCUAUUGUUUCGAUAGAUGGAAGUAGUGGUUCAAGGAAUGCAUGAUUGUUUAACCUGGUUAAAACUGUUGGAGGAGGUUAUAUGAUCUUCAAUGGCUUUCUUGAUAUGUAUGAAAUUCGUAAUUGACUCACGGUUUGCUAGCUAGCCCAUAGACUCGUGGCAUACAGUUUCAGGAUAGGUGUAUUUGUACAUCACGCAUCAAUGCAAACUUCGAAUUUAAACCCAAAGCAGUAUUAAUCAAGUACCUGUUCCGUUCUUU